AUGGCCGCGGCGACCCUUGAAGACAGCGACUAUGACGGCGACCAUCUCACGACCGCCAAGCGGGACAAGAGAAAUGUUCUUCUCUCGACCGGUGGGACUCGUGUCUUCCCAACCAACAAAUCCCCGAAUCCACGUCAGCCGUUUUCCUCAGCCAACGGGCCCACGUGGCCGGAUAAGUCAUUCUCGCAGCCAAACCCAAACACAGAAGCCGCCGCAGCAGCCGCUACAGCCAAAGCCGCAGCGGAAGGGAUUCUGCCUCAUCUCGGUGCUACUGAAGCUAAGCAUAUACGACAUAGUCACCAGCUAAAUCACCCGCCGCAUCUUCACCACCCUAAAGCCGUCACACCGGAUGCUGACGUGGCCGCCGCGACCGCCAUCGCCGCUGCAGCCGUAGUUGGGCCUGCUGCUCCUGUCGCGUCACGUCCCGUGAAGCCGCUUAGUCAUCCUACCAAUGGCGGAACGGGUAGGUCUGGUGGGAGAGAAGGGGAGAUGGGGCAAGUCGCGCGAUUCAAGGAAGAGGUUGAGGACGAGGAGGACACGUCAUGCAGCAGCGAGUCCGCGAGAGCCGCCGGAUCUUCCGUGGGCUCCUGCGAGAGCACGUGCAUGCGAGUGCCACGUGGUGGGAUGGGGUUUGGCGCGGGAAUCGCGGAGAACAGCGAGGAGCUGGACGAGUUGAGACUGGAAGUUGCGGAGUUGAGGCGACGAGUGGCGAGGCACGAGGAGGAGGAGAAGAAGCUGCGAGAUGAGGUGCUCUAUCUUCGCGCGUGCGGCUACGAGAUGCACUUAGCUAAGAGCCAGCAGCAGCAGGGGCGCGUUCUCACACCAGCGGCCAGCGCCUCACGGUUACCGUUCCAGGACGUGGGGAACCUCCCGGCAGCCGUGCCCGGGACCAUCUUAAACACGUUCGGUAAUCCCGAAAACGCGAUUUCGAGCUUAGAGAUGAUGAUGGGGAUGCGUGUAGCGGGGAUGGCGGAGAGCGCCGAGCUCAGGGGAGUUGGAACCGCAGGGGCAGGAGGAGCAGGAGUGGUGGGUGAAGGGCCGGCGGGAGAUCUAGCAGGAGCAGGAGUGGAAGCAGGGAAGGCAGGUCGAGGCGGGGAGCAGCACGCGCAGGGACAGAAGGAGAAUUGGGAGAACAGAGAGAAUAGACAGUCUGGGAAUGGAAUGGCCAGUGCUCCACUUGCAUCCCCUCCUCCGAUGCCAAUGCCGCCGAGGGGAGGCAGUGGAAGGGAGAACGGUUCGAAUGGGUUGAGCGGUUUGAACGGUUUCCAGGAACGAGCCAGUCCGCGAGGAACGGGUGGGGUGCAGGAGAGGGAGCGUGUGCAGGAUAGGGGGAGUGCAGGCGUGCGGGAUGCGAGGGGUAAUGCGAGUGGUGGUGAUGGGUUAUCCGUCCUGCCCCCCCUGUGGGCAUCUUAUUCCCCUUCGAAAGAGAACAGUCACAGGGAGGGCGGUGGGGGACGUGGUGCUGCUGGGGAAGCUGAUGUGGCAGUGGCUCCAGGAGCUCUUGCCUCUCCUCGUCCCGCUGCCACGUCAGCAUGCCCUGUCCUGCCAGCUCGGCCUGCCACGCCAGGAGCCGUCGCGCGGCCGCCAGUGUACAGCGGGCGAGCGAGUCUGGAGAAGAUGCGGCCGCCGCCUAUAAAUGGGAUGCCGCUGCCAUGGGAGUCGGUUGAUGACGUGGCGAAUCCGCAGGCUGGGAUUGGCUGUAAGAUUGAUGGAAGAGGUGGUGGUGGUGUUGUUGCUGCUGCUGCCGCUGCUGGAAAGGAGGGAAGGGUGUAUACCGGAGGAGAGGGGAUUGGAGAACAGGCGGAGCAGGGUAAGCAGGUGGGACAAGAGGAGGAGGGAGAGCAGGGUGUAGGCAGGAGUGUGGAGGCUGGGACGACUGUGGCGGGAGGUGUGGGGCUGGUAAGAUCAGGUUCGGGGAGCAGUGCGGUGAAGAGCGGUGGGAGGAGGAGCGGGCCUGCUUUGGUGUGGCGAGAGGUGAACGGAGAGGGAGUGUGGACGCUGGCUGGAAUGGAUGGGUCACAGGAACAGGAAAGCCAGAGUGCUGUGGGGCUAGGUUCUGCCAAUGCCCCUUGUGCUGCUGUGACUGAUUCUGCUGCUGGUGCUGUCAAUGCUGCUGGUAAUGCCACUCCUCAUGCUGCCGCUGCUGGUGGUGGUGGUGCUGCUGCUGCUGCUGCUGCUGCUGUUGUCGGUACAUCAGCAGUAGCAGCAGCAGGGGAGGAAUCAGGAGCAAAGACAGCAGCAGUUGCAGUAACCGAAAGGGUGACACAUGGAACAUCGGGAGACGGCUCGGCAGUAAAAGCAUGGCUGGAUGGAACAGCAGGGGACCUGAUACAGUCACCCUCGAUAGACAAACCGGCAUGGGCGGUGGGCGUGUGGGACGAGGCAGGAGUGAGCGCGGAGCAGGGGGCACUGCAAGGGUAUUCACAAAUAGGGGGGACGUGUGAGAAUGAGUUGCAACUGCAUCCCACGAACCCUUUCCUCUCCCCUCCUGCUACAGACGCCUUUCUUUGGGAAGAGCAUGACGCUCCCUCUCCCAAUGCAGCAUCCGCGUUACAGGUGGACCCGUUAGAGGUAGCAGCAGCUGCUCCCGAAACAGAGUGCUAUCCGGCUGCAAACCGACCAACGCACGAGCAGCACCAGAAACAGCAGCAGCAGCAGCAGAUUGUGACAGAGGAGGUGCAGAUCCACCAGGGAGAGAAAGCUGAAGCGAGGGUGACAGGGAAGAGUGCAAUGAAGGGCGCUGCUCCUCGCACUGUUGCUAACGCCACACUCCCCGGCACAACCCCCCGUGCCACGCCUCCCUCUGCCAUGCCCCCUGCCAUACCCCCAUCUGCUGCGCCUUCCGCAGCUGCCCCCACCACUCCCCUUGCUCACGCUAGUACCCCAACUCCCGGACUGGUCAAUCCCGCUUCGCCAGCUGGACUGCCAGCUGGACUGCCAGCGGGGCCGGAGGCGAAGCCAGCGCUGUGGGCGGCAGCAGUGGCAGCAGCGACAAUGAUGACCCCCACCGCCGCCCGGAUCUCGGACCUCCUCUUUGGCUCCUCCCCCCCUCCCUCUGGCUCCUCCCCCCUUCCCUCUGGUCCUUCUGACCCCAGCCCUCUCUCUGCCCCCUGUCCGCCCUCUGACAGUUUCUCUCUGGGUGCGAGCCAGGGCGUGAGGGGAGGGGCAGGGGGAGCAGGAGCAGAAGGGGAGAGCGUGGGGGCGAGGAGGAGGGGAGUGGGAGAGUCGGAUAGCUCGCUUACGCUGGUUCGAGGGGCGUCGUGCCGAAGCUCUGUUGACACGCCCGGGUUUGCGGUGGGUGGUGGCGCUGCUAGUCGUUCCUCCUUGCCUGCUGUGGGGGUUGAAGGACGAGGGGAGUGGGAUGGGGAGAGUGAGGGGGAAGAGAGUGAGGAAGAGAGUGAGGAGGGGGAGAGUGAGGGGGAAAGCGAGGGGGAGGAGAGCGAGGAAGAGAGUGAGAGCAAUUACAGUGAAAAUGGUAGUAGUAGCGACGAGGAGGAGGAAGAGGAAGAGGAAGAGGGGAGAGACGCCGAGAGGGGUGAGGGCGAGAAGGUGGGUGGGGGAGAAAAGAGUGCCACAGAGGACGACAGAAGCUGUACCAGCUUUCUCUCCUCAGGUGGGGCCACUGGUGCGGCGUCAGCCCUCUCAGGUGAAAUAUCAGGUUUCUCAGGUGAACUCGACACGUAUGCAGCAGACGCAGCAGUGAACAGGCAGGGGGCACGUGCGACAAUGAUUGAGACGUUUCAAGACUACGCAGCAGCAGACAGGCAGGGGGCACGUGAACACAAUGUUACAGUUGUUUCAGCUGCCACAGCUGCUACAGCCGCGACUGCCGCUACAGCCGCGACUGCCGCUACAGAUGCUGCAGGCGCUACAGCCGGAGCAGCUGUGACGGGGUCAUCAGACGGCAGUAAGAUCUCUCUCUCUCUGGGCUCCCUCACCUCCCUCUCCUCCCCCUUCACCUCCCAGUCCCUUCCGCCCUCCUCGCCUGCCCUUAUGCCCCAUACCGCUGCCACCGCCUCCCCUGUCGCCACUGCUGCUGCUGCAGCUGCUGCUGCUGCCACUGCUGCUGCUGCCACUGCUGCCCUUACCUCCCCUCUUGGAUCUACCUCCCUCAGAUCAACCUCCCCUUUCAGCCAGUUGUACCCGCCCACAGCCACGAUCCACUCGCCCAAAUCUGCACUGCGCUCCCCUGCAGGCAAGUCCACGCUGGUCAAACCUGCAUUGACCAAGCGUACCGUCUCCCCUAUAAGCAUGCUCGCUUCUCCGUUGAAGCGGCUGCUUGUGCCUGAUGGCAAGCGGAGCAGGUCUCCCUCCCCCACUGGCGGCUUACCUUCUCCUGCUGCCCCUCACUCUCCUUCCGCUGCUCUGCGCUCUCCUUUCGCUCCGCACUCUCCUGCUGCUCCGCGCUCUGCUGCUGCUCGUCUCUCUGCUGCUGUCGCGUCUGCUCGCUCACCCUCGCCUGUCACUCGGAGCCCGAGCCUGCCCCGGAGAUCGCCAAGCCUGAAGAAGGAGAAGAGGGGCGGGCGGCGGGCAGAUGGGGCUGAGGCGGACGCAGCAGGGAGGGCAGGAGAGAGAGACGCGCAAGGUGGGGCCGGGGGUGGGGUUGGGGAAGUGGAGGGGGUUAGGGUUCAAUUGAUUCUCUGCAAGAGCAAGUCGCCCAGGGAAGCUUCUGAGACGCCGCAGGUCACUGGUGGUGGGCAUGGUGGUGGUGGUGGUGCAAAGGCUGCGGGUGAGGUUGUGCACGAGGCGGCUAGAGAAGGCACAUGUGGUGCUGUUAAGGAGAGGGCAGAGGGCUCCCCUUGGAAUGCUGAUCAGGGUGCUGAGGAGGAUUUUAUUCGGAAAGAGGAUGCAGCGAGGAAAUGGGAGAAGGCUGUGGGGUUGGGCAGGAGGGAGGGAGGGGCGGAGGGGGAGGGUGAGGGGAAGAAGGAAAGGGCGUGGAGGAAGGGCAGUCCGUUUGGGAAGAGGCGAACAGUUGGAGCGGUGCAAGCUUCGGAGCGGCAGGAAGAUAAUUGUGGGGUGGUUGGAGAGCGAGGGGUGGAGGAACAAGAGACUUGUAAGGGGGAAGGACACAGGAGCCGGAAUCCGUUCUUCAGUGGGGAUGAAAGUAUGAGCCCUGAUGAGGGGGAUGCAGGUGCAGCUCAUUUGGAUAUGAAGGGACCUGAGAGGCUAGAGUCUGUCACAUCAUUUUCAAAGCGAGGGGAUGUUAGGGCCGCUGGUGUCGUGCUAGGGGGCAGUUGGAGGCGCUAA